GCACCUUCAGGCACAGGUCUCACCCCCACCCCCGGAGCUGGGCGGGUGGGGGGCUGGUGCAGCUGGGAUCCAGAGAUCUUCAGCGGGCGGCUGCUCAAGCUGGCGGCUCUGAAAAACAAGUGAAUUUCCGGUGACAGGAGACUCAAAGUGCUGCUAUUAGAAGAACCAGGAACAGAUGCUGAGCAGGCGAAAGAACAUGGUGUCCUGGUCCCCAGCCCACAGCUACUUCCUCCUCCAUCUCAACCAGCUCCUCUCUGUGACAGACACAGGGCUCUUAGCCUGAGGAUAGUUGCAUCCCCUUUAAGAAACUGAUGAAAGCCCAGACUGCUGUCAGCCUGCGCACCAACCAGCUCCAUUAUGGCGACCUGCAGCUCCAGCAUCGUGAUUAGUGAUGAUGAACCAGGUUAUGACCUGGAUUUAUUUUGUAUACCUAAUCAUUAUGCAGAGGAUUUGGAAAAGGUGUUUAUCCCUCAUGGACUAAUUAUGGAUAGAACUGAACGGCUUGCUCGAGAUGUGAUGCAGGCGAUGGGAGGCCAUCACAUCGUAGCCCUCUGUGUGCUGAAGGGGGGCUAUAAGUUCUUUGCAGACCUACUGGAUUACAUCAAAGUACUGAACAGAAAUAGUGACAGGUCCAUUCCUAUGACUGUAGAUUUUAUCAGACUGAAGAGCUACUGUAAUGAUCAGUCAACAGGUGACAUAAAAGUGAUUGGUGGAGAUGAUCUCUCAACUUUGACUGGAAAGAAUGUCUUGAUUGUUGAAGAUAUCAUUGACACUGGCAAAACGAUGCAAGCCUUGCUUUCCCUGGUCAAGCGGUAUAAUCCAAAGAUGGUCAAGGUUGCCAGCUUGCUUGUGAAAAGGACCCCUCGAAGUGUUGGCUAUAGACCGGACUUUGUUGGAUUUGAAAUUCCAGACAAGUUUGUUGUGGGAUAUGCCCUUGACUACAAUGAACACUUCAGGGAUUUGAAUCAUGUGUGUGUCAUUAGUGAAACUGGAAAAGCAAAAUACAAAGCCUAAGGUGAGAGUUCAAGUUGAAUUUGGAAACAGCUAGUGUCCCAUUGAUAUCCCAGUAAAAUUAUCAAAUGUUCUAGCUCUGUGACCAGCUGCUUAGUAGAGUUUAUUAUUGCAUGUAUCUUCUAAGAAUUUUAUCUAUUUUGUAUUUUAGAAAUAUUAGUUACUGCAUUCCUGAACUCUUUUUUUGCACUAUGAGCCUGUAAACUAUCAUUUCCCUUUGGGUUAAUUGUUGUUUGACUCAUGAAUAAAAAAAUCUCUUAAACUG